CCACAGUCCACAGCCCAAAGCGGCGGUCGCUCCCCCGCUUAAACCCUCGAGCCCGCUUAAACACCGACGAGGCGAACGGACCAGAGUCGGCGAGCCCCCAGGAGCCGACUCCGCCUCCGGCUCUGACCAGUCUUUAGACCCCCCCCCUGUCCCAGGCGACGACGAAACCAGCAGCGCUGCGCAGCGCCGACCACUCCGGGAACCUCACGAUCCAGGGGAGAUGCUGGUCGCCGCCGCCGCCUCGCCGUCGCAGCCGUGAACCGGUUUCCCCAGGGCGGAGGGACUUGGGCUCAGAUUCGGCGGAUCUUGGGCUGGUCUCGUGCAUUCGAGCCGCUGCAGGCGUCUGGGUAACCGCUUCUCUCGAGGAAAAGGAAACCAAAGCUGCUCGGCCAACUUUGGGAUCAAGGAUCGGCGAAAAGGAAAAGAAAAAAGGAGGGAUCUUUUUGGGAGGGUCUGUUUGAGCCUUCGGGGUUACCAUAGCCUCGGGCAACACCGUGCUAAUGGAUUUCUUCAAGAUUAAGAAGCUCGCGAAGGGGAAGAAGAGCGCCGGGGGUGGGGGAGAGGCAGUUGAAUCCGACGACGACAGCGCCGGGGGUUUGACCCCCCGGGGCCUGGAGGAGCUGAAGCCGGGCAUUGGGGAGAGGACCAAUGCCGAGGCGGCGGCAGAGGGUACAGGCGCGGGCAAUGGGGUGGUUGAAGAAGAGGAGGAGGAGGACUAUGAGGACGACGAUGAUUUCAUCACCAAUGAGGUGAAGCGGAGGCUCAAGGAGCUCAGGAAGAACAGCUUCAUGGUGCUCAUCCCUGAGGAGGAGUGUGCCGAGGUCGAGGAUGACAGCGGGGAGGAGGAAGGGGGCAGCCCCAGGGAGUGGCUGGAGACGGGCGUUGGCGAUGGCUUCCCGCUGUGUGGGUUUGAUUCACUGUAUGAUAAGUACUGCGAGAGGAUGCUGGUGUUUCAUAAGAUGAUCGCGCAGCUCAUGAAGGAUCCAGAGUCACUGAACACGCCAAAAAAGUCUCCAAGAUCAGCAUCAAAAUUGGCGUCUACUCUACGCAGCCUCUCAUUCAAAAGAAAGGAUGAGCUCCCAGAAGAUUGUGAACAACUUCAACAACAGCAAAGUGCAGAUGAUCCACAUCAGACACUUGAGACUGCAUAUGUUGCUCAUGUUUCAUUAAGCUGGGAGGCUCUGCAUUGCACCUAUGUGCACCUGAGUCUUAUUGUUGCAGCACAACCUGAUAAUCCUACAACCUACAGCUGUGCUGCUCAAGCAUUCCAACAAUUCCAGGUCCUGUUGCAGAGAUUCAUUGAAAAUGAGCCAUUUGAGCAUGGUACCCGGGUUGAGAUAUAUGCACGGUCUCGCAGCUUGUUGUCAAAGUUGCUUCAGGUCCCCACUUUUCAAGUCACAGAUAGGAAAAGCAACGCUGAAGAUCAAACGGAGCCAGCGAUUUCCGCACCUGAUCUCAUCAAACUGCUGGAGGAGUCUAUCCUAACUUUCCGCCUUUUCCUGAAGAAGGACAAGAGAAAGAGCGGUGUUCUUACGGGCGCUAGUCAUGGCCACGCUGGGAGCUCAAUUCAACAAGUGCAAUCUUCACUCGAUAAGAAAGAGGCGAAGGUGAAGGAGCUGCUGAAGAAGAGGAAAGGGUGGAAGAGCAAGGCUUGGCCAGGCACGAUGGAGGAGGUCCAGCUGCUGUUCGCCCUGAUCGACAUCAAGGUCGUGUCGCGGGUGCUCCGGAUGGGGAAGCUGAGCAAGGAGCAGCUGCUGUGGUGCGAGGAGAAGAUGAGCAAGGUGGACCUCACCGAGAACCGGCUACGCCGUGACGGGUCCCCCAUCCUUUUCCCCUGUUAGGCCGACGCACCCUUCCUGCCUGCCUCUGGGGGCGUAAGCAGAGAACCUCCCUUACUUUGUUAGUUCGGCAUGCCAUGGCGGUGGUGGCGGCACCAGGGGUGUCCGCUCGUACCAUUCCUUUCGGCUACCUUAUCAGACUAUAUAUGUACAUGCUUUUAGGUUGGAUCUGAAUUGAAAAUGUCCAUACUAAAGUAGGGGCUUAAAGUAAA